ACAUUGCUUUGCUCGUUCAAAUAGAGGUCAUUCAUUCUCGAAACAAACAUAUCGUUGAAUAUAUUGAGGCUGAGCCGUCUCAUCCUUUGAUCUUUCUCUCUCGCUGAUUGUGAAUCGUCUUGCAGCAGAAGGUUUAGCAUACAGUAACUUGUUGAAUAUGAUAAACAUGUAAAAUAGUCCCAUUUGACAAGUGGUUGAGUAACAAAGGCUGCGGUGUAAGAUUUCUCCAAAUACUGUUGAAUUUUGUAUUAUCAAUAGACCAAUGAAUGCAAUGGUUGCACUACAAAAAUUCGUGUGCGAUACCACACGACAGUUAUUCAAGAAAAUAGGAAACUUCUUUCAGUGCUGCCUGAAGUUGUUUAUGUCUUACCCUAAAAAGCCAACUAUGGAAAAUCUUGGUUUCUCUGCUGACAUCCAGAGCGAUGAUCAAGUACGAGUUUUGACUCUAAACAAAGGAGAACAUCUAGAAGGAACUUUAUAUCGAUUGAAAAAAGGAUGGUUAGUGGAAUUUAGACUUGGGGCAUCACUUCUUGGGCAUAGCGUUGACGUAUUUACCAACCACCCUUUGGUUAGCAAUACUCCGUUCGAGAGGAACACCUAUUAUCAAUUAUCAUGGAAUCACGAAUCAAUUUUUCUGAGAGUUUCACUAGCUGGAUCUUUUCAUUAUUACAUUACAGAAGCAAGUGGACUCGAAGCUCGAAAGAUUUUGGCUUCUGGAUAUUUGUUGGUCGAUCCAGAACUAACUGUUGGAGUUAAUAACCAACCACUGCCAUUAGAUUGUAUACAAUGUCAAACAGUUCUAUCAAAAUUACUAGGACCCUUCUCUUCUUGGGAAGAAAAAUUGAAAGUAUCUUACAAGUCUGGCUACAAUAUGAUUCAUUUCACGCCCAUUCAGGCGAUUGGGGGCUCCAAAUCAGCCUACAGUCUUAGCGAUCAAUUGAAGUUGAAUCAUUCCUUUCACGAGUCUCCUGAUAAAGAGACUACGUUUGAUGACGUUGAAAAGUUGAUGAAAAAAAUGCGCGAGGAAUGGAACACUUUGAGUAUUUGUGAUAUAGUCCUGAACCACACUGCAAAUGAAAGUCCAUUUCUGGUCAAUUAUCCGGAAUGUACUUACAACUGCAACAAUUGUCCGCAUCUCCGUCCUGCAUAUCUUUUAGACGCUAUUCUAUUUGAAUUAACGAUUCGAGUUUCGACCGGGGAAUGGCAGCAUAAAGGAAUACCACCUAUCGUACGGACUGAAGAACAUCUCAAUUCUAUUCGUCAUGCGCUGCACACUUACUUCUUGCCACUAGCUAAAAUUCACGAACUGUACACAAUGAAUAUUGAUGAGCUCGUAGCUGAAUUCGUAAAUGUGGCGCGCAAUCAAAUCCCAGGAGAAAAUCAGGCUGAUUCAAACGAAAGUAUUUCUAUAAUAAAGGACCCCGAGUAUCGCAGAUUAAAAGCCACUGUUGAUAUGCCUCUUGCUCUAAAAUUGUUCAAUGUAUACAGAUCUGACUGUUUUGACGAAGAUACUAGAAUAAAGCGAUGCGCAGAGGAAUUCAAAAACAAACUGAUCGAGUUAAACGAUGCAAUGACCAAUGAAAUUCAAAAUCAUCUGAAUGCUGCUGUUGAAAAUGCCAUAUCGGGUAUACGAUAUUUCAGAGUACAGUCGGAUGGACCUCAGCUAAAGGAAAUUAGUGAGAGAAAUCCACUGGUACCAAGGUAUUUCACGGACUCUGGAAGUCCAAGAUCUUUCGUUGAAAGGGAAGAGAUUAUGUAUUCCGAAUCUGGCAAAUAUUUGAUGGCUCACAACGGUUGGGUGAUGAAUGGAGAUCCUUUCAAAAACUUUGCUGAUCCUGAUUCAAAUGUGUACAUUCGCCGAGAACUUAUUGCUUGGGGUGAUAGUGUUAAGCUAAGGUUUGGCGAUAAGCCAGAAGAGUGUCCAGUUCUGUGGGAGCGCAUGAAAACGUAUGUGCAACAGAUGGCUAAAAUUUUCGAUGGCGUCAGACUGGACAACUGUCACUCAACUCCUAUUCCUGUCGCAGAAUACAUGCUCGAUGCUGCUAGACAGAUCAAGCCCGACUUAUUUGUCGUCGCUGAACUCUUCACCAACUCCGACCAGAAAGACAAUAUAUUUGUCAAUCGACUGGGAAUAACAUCACUCAUCAGAGAAGCAAUGUCGGCGUGGGAUAGCCACGAGGAAGGUCGCCUCGUCUAUCGAUAUGGCGGAGAACCUGUGGGGGCAUUCAUUCAAGCUCGACAUCGUCCCUUAGUACCAUGUGUCGCUCAUGCUCUUUUCCUCGACCAGACUCACGACAAUCCAAGCCCAGUGGAAAAACGAAGCGUGUUUGAUUUAUUACCUAGUGCUGCCCUGGUGUCCAUGGCAUGUUGCGCUAGUGGUAGUAACCGAGGUUACGACGAAUUGAUCCCUCAUCACAUUCACGUUGUUGAUGAAGAAAGAGAAUAUACUUCGUGGACCGAUAAAGUAGAAGUAGCUAAGGAAAAUAAACAGUACGUCAGCUACAAUUCCGGUAUUAUAGCGGCCAAAAAAGCACUAAAUGAUCUUCAUUUUUGGUUAGGACAGCAGUCAUUUUCACAAGUUUUCGUCGAUCAAAUGGAUUCAGAUGUCGUAGCAGUUACCAGACACUCUCCCACAUCUCACGAAAGUGUUGUACUUGUAGCAUUUACGGCAUUCAAUCAGCCUGAUCCAAACGCUUCCGAUUUAAAAAGGCAUAUUAGACCAUUAAGAGUCGAGGGUGUUGUAGAAGAAAUCAUCCUUGAAGCUUCGUUUGCCCAUGAGGGAGCAACGAAUGGAGAAUGUUCACCAUACAGUUUGCCAAAGAAAUUUGUGAAGAAUGAUAACUUUAUCAAUGGCUACACAGAAUAUAAAGUCACUGUGAAAGAACACAUACAAAUUUCGGAUUCGAAAUCAGUUGAAAAAGUUGAUUCCGGUGAUCCAAAAAUAACUCAAUUGAACUUUACCAAUUUCCAGCCAGGUUCUGUAUUUGCUAUCAGGAUAUCUCUUCAUAAAAAUACCAGACCAGCUAUGGAGAAAGUCAAUGCUUUGAUAAGCACUCUCACGUUAACUUGCAAUUCAGAAUUGCACUCAAUUGUAUCACGUAUGAACUUUGCCGACCUUAAUAAAGCUUUGUAUCGAUGUGAUCAAGAAGAACGUGACGAGACUGGAAACAAGUUUGGCGUUUACGAUAUUCCUGAUUACGGACCGCUAGUUUAUGCUGGUUUACAAGGAGUUAUAUCAUUGCUUGCUGACAUCCGAUCCAACAAUGAUCUUGGACAUCCUUUAUGUGGCAAUCUUCGCCAAGGAAAUUGGUUGAUAGAUUACACGUGGCAAAGAUUAAAAGAAGAUCAGGGUACUGUAGCUCUUGGAGAAUGGCUAGAAAAAGCUGCAGAACCAUUCAAACUCAUUCCCCGCUAUUUAGUUCCAAGCUACUUCGACGUAAUUAUCGUAAAUGUGUACAGCAUCCUGAUUGAACAAUGCUUCGUUCUCAUGUCCAGUUUCGUAAAGGAUGGAACAGACUUUACGAGAAUGUUAUCUCUAGUUUCCGUACAAGUGGGUGGCAUUGUAAAAUCCGCACCAUUACCAGAUCUGUCAAGCGAUUUGGCACCGCCAAAGCCUAAAGUGCGACAAACUGAUAACGGAAAGAUUCAAGAAUGUUUAACACUGUCAGCUGGUUUGCCUCAUUUUGCCAUUGGCUAUAUGAGGAAUUGGGGUCGGGACACUUUCAUUUCUUUGAGGGGCUUGUUGCUGUUAACUGGCAGACAUGAAGAGGCACGGUUCAUUAUUCUAGGAUAUGCCGGAACCCUACGUCAUGGAUUAAUUCCAAACCUCUUGGAUAAAGGAGUGAAUGCAAGAUAUAACUGUCGAGAUGCUGUGUGGUGGUGGUUAUAUACUAUCCAAUGUUAUGUGAAUGAAGUUCCAAAUGGUCAUAAGAUUCUUUUGGAUAAAGUGUCAAGACUAUAUCCAACGGACGAUUCUCCAGCACUAGUCACUACCGAAGUGAAUCAACCACUGUGCGACGUCAUACAAGAAGCCAUGAAGAUACAUUUCCAAGGAUUGAGCUUCCGCGAGCGUAAUGCGGGCAGAUGUAUUGACGAGCACAUGUGUGAUAAGGGUUUCAACAAUGAAAUCGGUGUGAAUAUCGAGAGUGGAUUUGUUUUCGGUGGAAAUGAGUACAACUGCGGUACUUGGAUGGAUAAAAUGGGCUCAUCGGAAAAGGCUGGCAACAAGGGCAAGCCUGCGACGCCUAGAGACGGCUCUGCCGUCGAAAUCAUUGGACUCUGCCAUAGCACUCUCGUCUUCUUGGCGAGCUUGUACGAGCAGAAGCUCUAUCCGUACGGCAGCGUAGAGCGCAAGAACGAGAAAGGAGUAGCGGAGAGCUGGACCUAUCGCGAGUGGGCUGACAGGGUGAAAGCAAACUUUGAGAAAUACUUUUACGUUAACGAAACGCCUUUGGAAGGCGAAUUGCGACCCGAUCUGAUCAAUCGUCGAGGGAUUUAUAAGGAUAGUCAUGGAGCUUCACAGGUCUGGGCGGACUAUCAACUGCGUCCGAACUUCCCAAUUGCCAUGGUUGCUUCGCCGGAAUUGUUCGAGCCGGAGCAUGCGUGGACGGCUUUAAAGCAGGCGGAACAUAUCUUGCUGGGUCCUCUGGGCAUGAAGACCCUAGACCCUUCGGAUUGGGCGUAUGACGGCAACUAUAACAACGCCAACGACUCAAGCGACCCGAAAGUGGCGCACGGCUGGAACUACCACCAGGGCCCCGAGUGGCUGUGGCCCGUAGGCUUCUUUCUGCGCGCACGGCUGCAGUUUGCGGGUCUGGUGGGCGGCGAGGACGAGCUGCGCCGCUGCAUCUCCUUUUGCGAGGCCGUCAUCUCAUGCCACAUGACCGAAGCCUCGAGCAACCACUGGCGCGGCCUACCCGAGCUCACCAAUCGCGAAGGCGUCUACUGUCAGGACAGCUGCCGUACGCAGGCUUGGAGCGCUUCAACCAUACUUGAGGUGCUCCACGAUCUCGACAAGCUCAAGGCCGAGUUGCUGCUGGCCUCGUUACCGACCGACGACCCCAACAACUGAUGCAACUCCGCGUGUGUUACUCACUGCCCCCCUCUAGACUUAGCGUACACUCAGCCUGCACAGC